AUGUGUGAAGCUCAUCAAAUAUCAAUGGUACAACAAGCUGAUCCUGGUUUUUUACCGCAUUCAAAGAUGCUUCUAAUGGAAGAGAUUCUUCGUGUAUAUAGAAUGGUGAAUCCAUCAUGUACUGCUGCUCCUAUUUCCAAUUCAUCAUCGCCACAAAAGGACCUUAAAGAUAUAGUACCAUCUGUAGAUGCUCAAGAAUUGUCACAAUCGUUGAUUGAAAACAUGAAUCGAGCAUUUAACUGUAUUACAAACACGAAGCAACCGACGAACAAUCAAACGAAUCUGUACGAGGAACCGCAUCCACAAGCAGUUACAAUGAGUGAGAAGGUGUUCAUUCCAAAAUUACACGGUCGAAGAAUCAAAGGUUCCAAGUGCAAUUUUAUUGGACGGAUAAUUGGGCCUGCUGGAAUGAGUGUCAAACAGCUGGAGUCUGAUACCGGAUGCCACAUUCUCAUUAGAGGAAAGGGAAGUGUCAAGGAUCCUAGAAAGGAGCAGCGUCUACGCGGACAACCAGGAUGGGAUCACCUUGAAGAGCCACUACAUGUCCUCGUUACCGCCGUUGAUCACAACAGCAUAGCAUGUCAACAGAAACUUCGUCAAGGAGUGGAAAGUGUACGCAAUCUUCUGACGCCGGCACAUGACGACUAUAAACGUUGCCAAUUGAUGCAGCUCGCCAUCAUCAAUGGAACGUACCGCCAGGCCCAAGAAGCACCAUCCAGUGAAUAG